AUGGAAGGAGGAAGAUGGACGGGUGACCUGGUCAAGCUCUCUCCCGCAUCCCUCCCCACAACCUCUGAGCAUUCCCUCCCAGGACCCUUGGAGAAAUCUGGUGAGUUCCAGGGGAGAGGAGAUGGGGACAGGGAUAGAUGGAUGGUGGAGGAAGAAAGAGGAAAAGAUGGAGAGGAGACAAAUGGAAGGAAGUUCCUGACUGGAAGAAGGAAGGGGUGAGGCCUUCUCCAAAGCAGCUCUUUGUUUCUUGAAUCCCUUUCAUAAAGUAGUGGGGGCAGAUUUUCUCCCUCCAGGAUUUUAAAUCUUAGGAGUUACAGUGGUACCUCGGGUCUCAAACUUAAUUGGUUCCAGAAGUCUUCCAAAACCAAAGCGUUCCAAAACCAAGGCGUGCUGUCCCGUAGAAAGUAAUGCAAAAUGAAUUAAUCCAUUCCAGACUUUUAAAAACAACCCCUAAAACAGCCAUUUAACAUGAAUUUUACUAUCUAACAAGACCAUUGAUCCAUAAAAUGAAAGCAAUAAUCAAUGUUCUGUACCAUAGAAUAAAUAAGACAGUAUUGUAGAUGAUAAAAAUUAAUAUUUUUUUUCGGACCUGCAUUGAUGAUAGUCAUUGAUUGAAUGGGGAGCUUUUAUCCCUUUCCACAGUCAAUCAAUCAAUCAAUCAAUCAUAAAACAAAAAGCUAAGCCUCGGUCAAAAAUGAAAAAGCCACACAAACAAAAAUGCAAAAAAUAGGAAAAAAACUAAAGCUGCAAAUGUCACCUCAGAACACUGCAACCAGAAACAGCUUGAAUAUUGAUUGGGGGCGGGGGAGCUUAAAUUAGCUGUGCAAGGGAACGAAUGGGAUGAAAAAAACCUUGAUUACGAUGGAAACAACUGAAAUUAGCUGUUCAAGGGUAAAACGGAAUGAAAAAAAGCCUUAAUGAGGGUGGGGGGCACUUAAAUUUGCUGCGCAACAGUAAAAAUGGAAGUUCCAGAGGGUUACGUAACACGAGUCACCACUGUAUACAUACAUUCUCCACAAUUUUCAUUUAUCUAAAUUGCCCAUAAACUUAUUUACAAGUGAUUCCUAAAGUCCAGCUAACGUUUUGAUUUGCGUGCAAUAAUCUCAUAGGUAAAUUUAAAAAAUUUCCAAAUCUUUUUUUUUCUUGAUUCCUGAGUCUCGCGGUUAAUUUUGCCAUUUCGGCAGAGUCCAGCAGUUUGGCUUGCCAAUCUUCCCUAGUUGGGAUUAUUGCACCUUUCCAUCGUUGGGAUAAUAACAUCUGUGCAGCUGUUGUUGCAUACAUAGUCUUUCCUGGUCUUUUGGGAUCUCAGUACCUGUAAUUCCAAAUAAAUAAGCUUCUAGGUUCUUAACAAAUUUUAUUUUAAACAUUUUUUUUUAAUUCAUUAUAUACCAUUUACCCAAAUGAUACUGGAAUGUGGAAUGUGGAGUUAACCAGGGCUAUUGACUGUUUGGCUCCGAAGCGCCCUCUCCGAUUGCAUGGAGCCCGGGCAGCCCCGUGGUUUUCCACGGAUCUGAGGGCAAUGAAACAAUCAUUGAGACGGCUCGAGCGCCGGUGGCGGAUAACUCAUUCCGAAUCUGACCGGACACAGGUUAGAGCUCAGCGUCGAGCCUACCAAGUGGCGAUAGCGACAGCGAAGAAGACUUUCUUCGCCGCCUCUAUUGCAUCUGCAGAAAAGAGCAGGUGGUUCACAAUUUAGCAGAACCACCUGCGACAUCAGGGCCCAGUAUGGGCCACAUGAUCUCCUGCAAUGAUUUCGCAAAGUUUUUUGCAGAUAAAAUCGCUCAGAUUCGGGAAGAAGUAGACUCCACCGUGGGAGCAGGGCCAGGGUGGGAGAGUGCUAGAGUCCUGUCUAGUCAAGUUGUGUGGGAUCAAUUCCAAUCUGUUACCUCCGAGGAUGUGGACAGGCUGCUUGGACGAGUGAAACCAACCACCUGUCUCCUUGAUCCUUGCCAGUCCUGGCUUAUAAAAGCUAGCCGGGAAGGACUGGGCGAUGGGCUUCGUGGGGUGGUGAAUGCUCCCUCUGUGAGGGAGCCUUCCCAGACCCGCUGAAAGAGGCGGUUAUUAAACCGCUUCUUAAAAAACCAUCUUUAGAUGCGGCCACAAUGGCCAAUUAUCGCCCAGUCUCAAAUCUUCCAUUCUUGGGCAAGGUGAUUGAGCGAGUGGUUGCUGAACAACUCCAGGCACGCCUGGAAGAAGUGGACCAUUUGGAUCCCUUACAGUCAGGAUUCAGGCCUCAUCAUGGGACUGAAACUGCCUUGGUCGCACUGGUUGAUGAUCUCCGGCGGGCUAGGGACAAAAGUGAGAGCUGUUUCGUAGUUCUGCUGGCUCUCUCAGCGGCAUUUGAUACCAUCGACCAUAACAUCUUUCUGGACCGUCUUGAGGGGCAGGGAACUGGGGGCACUGUCAUACAGUGGUUCCGCUCCUUCCUCCUGGGCCGUGUUCAGAAAGUGGCGGUGGGGGAUGAGUGUUCAGACCCCUGGGCUCUCACUUGUGGGGUGCCUCAGGGUUCUGUCCUCUCCCCCAUGCUUUUCAACAUUUACAUGCAGCCACUGGGAGAGAUCAUCAGGAGGUUUGGGCUGGGUGUUCAUCAGUAUGCAGGUGAUACCCAGCUCUACCUCUCUUUUAAAUCAGAACCAGUGAAGGCAGUGAAGGUCCUGUGUGAGUGUCUGGAGGCGGUUGGAGGAUGGAUGGUGGCUAACAGAUUGAGGUUGAAUCCUGACAAGACAGAAGUACUGUUUUGGGGGGACAGGAGGCGGGCAGGUGUGGAGGAUUCCCUGGUCUUAAAUGGGGUAACUGUGCCCCUGAAGGACCAGGUGCGCAGCCUGGGAGUCAUUUUGGACUCACAGCUGUCCAUGGAGGCACAGGUCAAAUCUGUAUCCAGGGCAGCUGUUUACCAGCUCCAUCUGGUAGGUAGGCUGAGACCUUAUCUGCCUGCAGACUGUCUCAUGCAUGCUCUGGUUAUCUCCCGCUUGGACUACUGCAAUGCGCUCUACGUGGGGCUACCUUUGAAGGUGACCCGGAAACUACAACUAACCCAGAACGCGGUAGCUAGACUGGUGACUGGGAGCGGCCACUGAGACCAUAUAACACCGGUCUUGAAAGACCUACAUUGGCUGCCAGUACAUUUCCGAGCACAAUUCAAAGUGUUGGUGCUGACCUUUAAAGCCCUAAACAGCCUCGGUCCAGUAUAUCUGAAGGAGCGCCUCCUCCCCCAUCUUUCUGCCCAGACAUUGAGGUCCAGUUCCGAGGGCCUUCUGGCGGUUCCCUCACUGCGAGAGGCCAAGUUACAGGGAACCAGGCAGAGGGCCUUCUCGGUAAUGGCGCCCGCCCUAUGGAACACCCUCCCAUCAGAUGUCAAAGCGAUAAACAAUUAACUGCCCAAUCGAGCAGGCUCAUCUUAUGUUCUGAUACAGGCAUCCCCAAACUUGGCCCUCCAGAUGUUUUGGGACUACAACGUCCAUCAUCCCUAGCUAACAGGAACAGUGGUCAGGGCUGAGGGGAAUUGUAGUCCCAAAACAUCUGGAGGGCCAAGUUUGGGGAUGCCUGUUCUAAGAUAUUGCAAUAUUUUUACAGUUUCUUGUGGCAGAGUAACACAAAAGUUUGACUUCUUAGUCACAGGAGAGACUGCUCUUUGAACCUGUGGGGAUUGUUACUUGCCCAUAACUGUUUGGGGAGAAAAUCAACGUUGUCUUAGGUUGGCAGAAUCUGGAGAGUUAAAGUCCAGAACCAAGGAUUUGGACAUACGUUUCCAGAAUGUAUGUCAGAGUGUCCAAGCAGGUUGGAUACGUCUCAAGUAUUGUUCAAGCCAUAGUAACACGAAAGUUUUAUUUCUUAGUCAUAGGAGAGACUGCUAUUCGAGCCUGUGAUCAUUUCCUCCCUGGAAAAAGAGAAAUACUAUGGUACCUCAGGUUACAUUCACUUCAGGUUACAUACACUUCAGGUUACAGACUCUGCUCACCCAGAAAUAGAGCUUCAGGUUAAGAACUUUGCUUCAGGAUGAGAACAGAAAUAUUGCUCCGGUGGCGCAGCAGCAGCAGGAGGCCCCAUUAGCUAAAGUGCUGCUUCAGGUUAAGAACAGUUUCAGGUUAAGAACGGACCUCCGGAACGAAUUAAGUACUUAACCUGAGGUACCACUGUACAGAGAUGUGUCUAAGCAGCCAGUUCCACCAUAAAUUAUAAAAUAAUGCAGUUUAUUAAGUGUGAAUGGAGUGAUCAUGUGUUGUUCUUGCCAUUAUCUCACCUGCAUUCCUAAAAGUUUGGAACAUAGAGAGGACAGUGGAGAAAGGAGACAGUGUUAAAAUAAGAGAAGGUACAUACUGGGACUGACGUGUUCAGUUCCUUUCUUGUCUUUCUUGAAAGUCUUAACAGGAUUCUCUUCCCCCUCCCCCACUCUCAAACAGGUGAGGAAGAUGAUGGCCAGAAUUCUAUAGAGCCAUCUGUGAAUUCAUUGGGAAAAACAAAGAAACAGUUUAAAUGCCUGGAAUGUGGGGUGUGUUUUAGUCACAGUGGAAGACUGAGGACACAUCAACGAAUUCACAUAGAGGAGAAACCAUUUAAAUGUACUGACUAUCAAAAGAAACAUCAAGGAACUCACACAGUGGAUAAACUAUUUGAAUGUAUUGAAUGUGCAAAGUGCUUCAGUCGAAAUGGAAAGCUUAGAAUACACCAACGAACUCACACGGGGGAGAAACUAUUUAAAUGUAUUGAAUGUGGAAAGAGCUUCAGUGAAAGUGGAGCACUAAGAAAACAUCAACGAACUCACACGGGGGAGAAACCAUUUGAAUGUAUUGAAUGUGGAAAGUGCUUCAGCCAAUAUGGACACCUUAGAAGACACCAACUAACUCACACGGGGGAGAAACCAUUUAAAUGUAUUGAAUGUGGAAAGUGCUUCAGUCAAUAUGGAACACUUAGAAUACACCAACGAACUCACACAGGGGAGAAACCAUUUAAAUGUAUUGAAUGUGGAAAGAGCUUCAGUGAAAGUGGAGCACUAAGAAAACAUCAACAAACUCACACGGGGGAGAAACCAUUUAAAUGUAUGGAAUGUGGAAAGAGCUUCAGUAGAAGUGAACACCUUAGACUACACCAACAAACUCACACAGGGGAGAAACCAUUUAAAUGUAUUGAAUGUGGAAAGUGCUUCAGUCGAUAUGGAACACUUAGAAUACACCACCGAACUCACACGGGGGAGAAACCAUUUGAAUGUACUGAAUGUGGAAAGAGCUUCAGUGAAAGUGGAACACUUAGAGUACACCAACGAAAUCACACGGGGCAGAAGCCUUUUGAAUGUACUGAAUGUGGAAAGAGCUUCAGUCGAAAUAGAACACUUAGAAUACACCAACAAACUCACACAGGGGAGACACCAUUUAAAUGUAUUGAAUGUGGAAAGAGCUUCAGUCAAUAUGGACACCUUAGAAGCCAUCAACGAACUCACACAGGAGAGAAACCAUUUAAAUGUAUUGAAUGUGGAAAGUGCUUCAGUCAAAAUGGACACCUUAGAAGCCAUCAACUAACUCACACGGGGGAGAAACCAUUUAAAUGUACUGAAUGUGGAAAGUGCUUCAGUCACAAUGGAACACUUAGAAUACACCAACGAACUCACACAGGCGAGAAACCACUUAAAUGUAUGGAAUGUGGAAAGAGCUUCAGUAGAAGUGAACACCUUAGAAUACACCAACGAACUCACACGGGGGGAGAAGCCAUUUAA